GGACCCCGAGGACGAGAAAGCCAUCGAGAUGUUCAUGAACAAGAACCCGCCGCUGAGGCGCACCCUGGCCGAUAUCAUUAUGGAGAAGAUCACGGAGAAGCAGACGGAGGUGGAGACGGCGCUGUCGGAGCUCUCAGGCUGCCCCAUGCCCCAGCUCGACCCCCGUGUCCUGGAGGUCUACAGGGGCGUCAGGGAGGUGCUGUCCAAGUACAGGAGUGGGAAGCUCCCCAAGGCGUUUAAAAUCAUUCCUGCCUUGUCCAACUGGGAGCAGAUCCUCUACAUCACUGAGCCAGAGACAUGGACAGCUGCUGCCAUGUACCAGGCCACCAGGAUAUUUUCCUCCAACCUGAAGGAGAGGAUGGCCCAGCGGUUCUACAACCUGGUGCUGCUGCCGCGGAUCCGGGACGACAUCGCCGAGUACAAGCGGCUCAACUUCCACCUGUACAUGGCUCUGAAGAAGGCUCUGUUCAAGCCAGCGGCCUGGUUCAAGGGGAUCCUCAUCCCGCUGUGUGAGUCCGGCACCUGCACGCUCAGGGAGGCCAUCAUCAUCGGCAGCAUCCUCAGCAAGUGCUCCAUCCCCGUCCUGCACUCCAGCGCGGCGCUGCUGAAGCUGGCUGAGAUGCAGUACAGCGGUGCCAACAGCAUCUUCCUGCGCCUGCUCAUCGACAAGAAGUACGCGCUGCCCUUCCGCGUGCUCGACGCCCUGGUCUUCCACUUCCUGGCCUUCCGCACGGACCAGCGGCUCCUGCCCGUGCUGUGGCACCAGAGCUUCCUGGCCUUGGCCCAGCGCUACAAGGAGGACCUGUCCUCGGAGCAGAAGGAGGCCCUGCUGGAGCUGCUCAAGUUCCACAGCCACCCGCAGAUCUCGCCGGAGAUCCGCCGCGAGCUGAUGAACUCCAAGACGAGGGACGUGGAAGGGGAGCAGCCAGUGGCCAUGGAAUGAGCAGGGAAAUGCUGGAGCCUGGCCUGCCCUCGGGACACUGCUGGGAUCCUGGAUCAGGAGUGUCCUUCCUGGAUCACUCACUGGGAACAGACUGUGCCCACAGAGCUGCACCAAGCGCCCUGUGCAGCCCCUGUCCCACCCAGGAGCCCGGUGCCACCAGCACUGGGACACUUUGGCUUGUCCCUGUACUCAGAAAUAAAACCAGAGCUGUGUCAGCCAGUCAGGGCUGGGUCUGCCCAGCUUAGUCCCAGCCUGUCCCUGUCCUCACCAGCUUCUGGAGCUCCUUGUCCAGGGCUUUUCCCAAACACCCAAAGCCCCUCAGGGUUGAAUUCCUGAAGCUGCAGUGCCACCAUUCUCACCUGGCCAUGAGGGCACCUGCCUGGCCUGCUCCUGGCACUGUGCCCAAGUGCCAGCUCUGCUGCAAAACCCAGGGGGGACUUUCCCAGGAGGCUGCACUUCCCUGGGCCCUGCUGCCACUGCCAGGCCUGUGCCUUGCAGCUUUGGGCCACGGCGAGGAGCCCCUGCUGCACCCUGGGCUGUGCCAAGGGUGGCUGCCUCCUGUCACCUCCCAUGGCAGGAGCGGGAGCUGGGUCCCCACACACCACCGCCUCUUCCAUGACUUCCCCAUUUUCUCUUAAGCCAAAAGCUGGUGGCACAAGAGGGAGCCUGGGCUGGCACAGAGCACCUGGCACUCCUGAGCUGCUCCAGUGCCCACCACCCUCCAACCUGCUGGGAAGAAGGUGCUGCCUCAGCUCCGGCAGCACCUCACCUGCAGGAAGGUGUCUGGCUCCAUCACCAUCCCUGAGCUGCCCUGGGUGUCCCUCAGGGUCCUGCCUGCCCUGUUCCAUCCUGGGAAGGAACCUUGGAAUCCCAAGGGAGCACCAGGGAAAGAUCUGAGCCCUGGGAACGGCGCAGGGAAACCCUCGAGCCACUGGGGUUUUUUUUUUGUUUAAAAUAUUUUAUUGCAACAUCACGGGGUUCUCUGGCUCUCCCAGCAGCGGGACUCAUGCGAGUGAACACCAAAACCAGUUUACUCUUAAAUUAAAAACUCAUUUAUAUAUAUAUAUAAAAAAAAGAAACACAUUUCCUUUUGCACAGCCAGGCUCUGUCCCAGCCCUCCUGCUCGCAGGAGGCAGCGGCUCCGUGGGUUUCCGGACCAGGCAGGCUCAGGGAGGAGCAGCAGCCCCACCUUUUUCCGCCGGAUUUUUUUUUGUGGCUGGUGGCAUCCAAAAAGGAAGAUUUCUACCUCAUUUUCCACAUCCCCCACCGGAGGACAACAGCCACA